UUACAUCCCUAGCUGUCGGAGUGACGCGUUUGAGUAUGGUAUAGGUAUCGAACGAACGAUUUUUAUAAAUCUAAUAAAAGUAAUAAGAAAGUGUAAUUCUUAUUGUGUUGUGAAUAAACGACAGAUUAUUAUAAGACGCAUCCAGUAUGGAGCAGAUUCCACCCCCCAAGGAGGUGAAAAUCCUCGAAACAGCAGAGGAUAUUCAAGAGCGUCGUGAGCAGGUCCUUAACCGCUAUGAAGACUUUAAGCAAGAAGCCCGUGCAAAACGUGAGAAGCUGGAAGAUUCUAGGCGCUUCCAGUACUUUAAACGUGAUGCUGAUGAGCUCGAAUCAUGGAUUCAAGAGAAGCUCCAAGCUGCUAGUGAUGAAAGCUACAAAGAUCCUACCAACCUACAGGCCAAAAUCCAAAAGCACCAGGCGUUCGAAGCGGAAGUCGCUGCUCACUCAAACGCUAUCGUAGUACUGGACAAUACUGGCAGCGAGAUGAUCUCCUCCGGGCACUUCGCGUCGGAGACCAUCCGUCGGCGACUGGACGAGUUACAUCGCCUCUGGGAGUUGCUGCUGUCGCGUCUAGCCGAGAAGGGAAUGAAACUGCAGCAAGCUCUGGUUCUAGUGCAGUUCUUGCGCCACUGCGACGAAGUCAUGUUCUGGAUCCACGAUAAGGAAACUUUCGUAUGCGCCGAAGAGUUCGGCUCCGACCUGGAGCAUGUGGAGGUCCUGCAGCGCAAAUUCGACGAGUUCCAGAAGGACAUGGCGGCGCAGGAGUACCGCGUCACCGAGGUCAACCAGCUGGCCGAGCGGCUCGUGCUCGAGGGCCACCCCGAGCGGGAGACCAUCGUCAAGAGGAAGGAUGAGCUGAACGACGCGUGGCACCGCUUGCGCCAGAUGGCACUGAUGCGGCAAGAGCGUUUGUUCGGCGCUCACGAGAUCCAGCGGUUCAACCGCGACGCCAACGAGACCAUGGCCUGGAUCUCUGAGAAGGACGUUGUCCUAGGGACAGAUGACUACGGGCGAGACCUGGCCACCGUGCAGGCGCUACAGCGCAAGCACGAAGGCAUUGAACGCGAUCUCGCCGCCUUAGAAGACAAAGUGUCCACUAUAGACGGCGAGGCGGCGCGCCUGGCUGCCAUACAUGCGGACCAUGCACCCGCCAUACACGCCAAACGGGACGAGAUCUCGGCCGCCUGGCAGAAUCUGGUGCAGAAGGCCAAGGAACGUCGUUCGGAACUGGAAUCUUCGUACGCGCUACAUCGGUUCUUGGCCGACUACCGCGACCUGGCGUCGUGGAUGAGCGACAUCCGCGCGCUCAUCGCAGCCGACGACCUCGCCAAGGAUGUGCCCGGCGCUGAAGCCUUGUUGGAGAGACAUCAGGAGCAUAAGGGCGAGAUGGACGCGCGUUCUGACGUGACACGCGCAUGCGUCGCGGCCGGCCGCGAGCUGGUGGAGGGGGGACACCGCGGGGCCGGCGAGGUGGAGGCUGCGCUUACAGCGCUGCAGCGGGACUCGCACGCGCUGCACGCGCUGUGGGAGCAGCGCCGCGUGCUGUACCUGCAGUGCCUCGACCUGCAGCUGUUCUACCGCGACACCGAGCAGGCCGACGCCUGGAUGCACAAGCAGGAGGCUUUCCUAGCUAAUGAGGACGUAGGUGACUCACUGGACUCAGUGGAGGCUCUCCUGAAGAAACACGAAGACUUCGAGAAGUCUCUAGCGGCGCAGGAGGAAAAGAUCAAGGCACUGGAUGAAGUAGCUUCCAACCUCAUCGAAGGACAGCACUACGCCGCCGAUGACGUCGCCCAGAGGAGAGAAAUGCUUCUGGAACGCCGCGCUGCAUUGUUGGAAAAAUCAAAUCAGCGACGUGCGCUGCUCGAAGAUGCGUACAAGUAUCAACAGUUCGAGCGUGACUGCGACGAAACAAAAGGUUGGAUAAACGAGAAGCUUAAGUUUGCCACCGACGACUCGUACCUUGACCCCACGAACCUGAAUGGCAAGGUUCAGAAGCAUCAGAACUUCGAGCAGGAGCUGCAGGCCAACAAGCCACGCGUCGAUGAUAUCACUGCGUCCGGAGAGAAGCUGCUGGAGCAAGAACACUUCGCCAAACCUCAAAUUGAGUCCCGCACAAACGAGCUAGGCGGCCUGUGGGAGAAGCUUUCAGCAGCUUCGGAGCUGAAAGGCAGCAAGCUGCAGGAAGCGUCACAGCAGCAGCAGUACAAUCGUGCUGUGGAAGAUAUCGAACUGUGGCUGUCCGAGGUGGAGGGGCAACUGCUCAGCGAGGACUACGGCAAGGACCUGACGAGCGUACAGAACUUACAGAAGAAGCACGCGUUGUUGGAAGCGGACGUGAGUUCGCACGCAGAACGCAUCGAGGCGAUCCGCUCGCAAGCUGAGCAGUUCAUUGACCGCGGACACUUCGACGCUGACAAUAUCCGCGCUAAGAGGGAUGCCCUAGUGGGACGGUAUUCUGCUCUGGACAAACCCAUGGCAAUCCGCAAGCGGCGCCUGCUGGACUCUCUGCAGGCUCAACAGCUGUUCCGUGAUCUGGACGAUGAAGCAGCUUGGAUCCGGGAGAAGGAACCUAUCAUCGCCUCUACCAACAGAGGUCGCGAUCUUAUUGGCGUACAAAACCUGAUGAAGAAGCACCAAGCCGUAAUGGGGGAGAUGGCACAGCACGAGGCCCGAGUGGAAGCCGUCCGAGCUGCCGGCGCAGCCCUACGCGACGCCGGACACUUCGCCGCCGACGACAUCGGUGCGCGCCUGCAGCAGCUGCACCAGCAGUGGACGCAGCUGCAGGAGAAAGCGCUGCAGCGCAAACAAGACCUGGAAGACUCCUUGCAAGCGCAGCAAUACUUCGCGGACGCCAACGAGGCGGAGUCGUGGAUGCGAGAGAAGGAACCGAUGGCAAACACCCAAGACUACGGCAAAGACGAAGACUCUUCUGAGGCACUGCUGAAGAAACACGAGGCGCUGCUGUCUGAUCUCGAGGCCUUCGGGAACACCAUUAAGUCUCUGCGGGAACAGGCCGACUCUUGCCGGCAACAGGAAUCUCCCGUGGUGGACGUAUCGGGCAAGGAGUGCGUGAUGGCAUUGUACGACUACGCGGAGAAGUCACCGCGCGAGGUUUCCAUGAAGCGUGGCGACGUGCUCACGCUGCUCAACUCCAAUAACAAGGAUUGGUGGAAAGUGGAAGUGAACGACCGACAAGGGUUCGUGCCGGCCGCGUACGUGAAGAAGAUCGACGCAGGACUGUCCUCCUCGCAGCAGAACCUCGUCGACUCCAGCUCAAUCGCUGCCCGACAAAACCAGAUCGAGGGCCAAUACGACAAUUUGCUGGCGUUGGCUCGCGAGCGGCAGAACAAACUCAACGAAACCGUGAAAGCGUACGUGCUGGUGCGAGAGGCCGCUGAACUCGCCACAUGGAUCAAGGACAAGGAGAUGCACGCCCAAGUGCAGGACGUGGGCGAAGACUUAGAGCAGGUGGAGGUGAUGCAGAAGAAGUUCGACGACUUCCAGAACGACCUGCGCGCCAACGAGGUGCGCCUCGCCGAGAUGAACGAGAUCGCCGUGCAGCUCAUGACUGUCGGCCAGACGGAGGCUGCACUCAAGAUCAAGACGCAGAUGCAGGAAUUGAACUCGAAAUGGACCUCGCUGCAACAACUGACUUCGGAACGCGCUGCUCAAUUAGGGUCCGCGCACGAGGUGCAGCGCUUCCACCGCGACGUGGACGAGACCAAGGACUGGAUCGCCGAGAAGGAGGCCGCUCUCGCCCCCGACGACCUCGGCAAGGACCUGCGCUCCGUGCAGACGCUGCAGCGUAAGCAUGAAGGCCUGGAGCGCGAUUUAGCCGCGCUCGGCGACAAGAUCCGCCAGCUAGACGAGACCGCUAACCGCCUCAUGGCCACGCAUGGAGACUCCGCCGACGCCACCUACAGCAAGCAGCGGGAGAUCAACGACGCCUGGCAGCGGCUGCAGGCGCGGGCCAACGCGCGCAAGGAGAAGCUGCUCGACUCUUACGAUCUGCAGCGAUUCCUGUCAGACUACCGCGACCUGAUGGCUUGGAUCAACAGCAUGAUGGCACUGGUCAGUUCAGACGAGCUCGCCACUGACGUCACUGGUGCCGAAGCCCUGCUAGAGCGUCACCAGGAACAUCGUACGGAGAUGGACGCCCGCGCGGGCACGUUCCAAGCGCUGGAGUUGUUCGGACAGCAGCUGCUGCAGGGAGGCCACUACGCUAGCGUCGACAUACAGGAGAAGCUCAACACCAUGGGCGACGCGCGCCAGGACCUCGAGAAGGCGUGGGUAGCACGACGCGUAAAGUUGGACCAGAAUCUGGAGCUGCAGCUGUUCUACCGCGACUGCGAACAGGCGGAGGGUUGGAUGGCGGCGCGAGAGGCUUUCCUGCAGCCCCCCGAGCAGCCCGACCAGCCCGACCACGCGCCCGACAAUGUCGAGCAACUCAUCAAGAAGCACGAGGACUUCGACAAGGCGAUCAACGCGCACGAGGAGAAGAUAGCGCAGCUGCAAACGUUAGCAGACCAACUGAUCGCGUCGGAGCACUACGCGGCCGCGCCCAUCGACGACAAGCGGCGCCAGGUGCUCGACCGCUGGCGGCACCUCAAGGACGCGCUCAUCGAGAAACGGUCCAGGUUGGGAGACGAACAGACUCUGCAGCAGUUCUCUCGCGACGCCGACGAGAUGGAAAACUGGAUCGCAGAGAAGCUGCAACUCGCAACAGAAGAAAGCUACAAGGACCCCGCAAACAUCCAGUCGAAACAUCAGAAGCACCAGGCUUUCGAAGCCGAGCUCGCUGCCAACGCCGAGCGAAUCCAGUCUGUACUGGCCAUGGGCGGCAACCUUGUGCAGCGCGGACAAUGCAGCGGUAGCGAAAACGCCGUACAGGCUAGACUCGCGUCCAUCGCCGACCAAUGGGAGUUCCUGACGCAGAAGACCACAGAGAAGUCGCUCAAGCUGAAGGAGGCCAACAAGCAGCGCACGUACAUCGCCGCCGUCAAAGACCUUGACUUUUGGCUCGGAGAGGUGGAAAGCUUAUUGACAUCCGAGGACUCCGGCAAGGACUUGGCGUCCGUACAGAAUCUCAUGAAGAAACAUCAGCUGGUUGAAGCCGACAUUCAAGCUCACGAGGACAGGAUCAAAGACAUGAACGCGCAGGCAGACGCGCUGGUUUCGAGCGGGCAGUUCGACAGCGCUGGCAUCGGCGCGCGCCGCUCCGCUAUCAACGAGCGGUUCGACCGCGUGCGCAGCUUAGCCGCGCAUCGCCGCGCCCGCCUCGACGAAGCCAACACGCUGCACCAGUUCUUCCGCGACAUCGCCGACGAGGAGUCCUGGAUCAAGGAAAAGAAGCUCUUGGUAGCGUCUGACGACUACGGGCGCGACCUGACCGGCGUGCAGAAUUUGCAGAAGAAGCACAAGCGCCUGGAGGCCGAGCUCGCCAGCCACGAGCCUGCCAUACAAGGCGUGCAAGAAGCGGGCGAGAAACUGAUGGACGUAUCCAACUUGGGCGUGCCGGAGAUCGAGCAGCGGCUGAAGGCGCUCGCGCUGGCCUGGGCAGAGCUGCAGGCGCUGGCGGCCGAGCGAGGCCAGAAGCUGCACCAGUCGCUCGCCUACCAGCAGUUCCUGGCCAAGCUCGACGAGGAGGAGGCCUGGAUCAGCGAGAAGCAACAGCUGGUGGUGGUGGGCGAGUGCGGGGACAGCAUGGCGGCGGUGCAGGGGCUGCUGAAGAAGCACGAGGCGCUCGAGGCCGAGCUGGCGGGACGCGGCGAGCGGGUGGCCGAGCUCAGCGCCGACGCCGACCGGCUCCUGGCGGCCGGCAACCUGCACGCCGACGCGCUCGCGCACCGCAUGCGGCAGCUGCAGGCUAAGCUGGAGAAGCUGACUUCCCUAGCGGCGCGUCGCAAGGCGGCGCUGGUAGACAACUCCGCGUACCUGCAGCUGCUGUGGAAGGCAGACGUGGUGGAGUCGUGGAUCGCCGAUAAGGAGACCCACGUGCGCUCCGACGAGUUCGGCAGAGACCUGUCCACCGUGCAGACGCUGCUCACCAAGCAGGACACCUUCGACGCAGGCCUGGCAGCGUUUGAGCACGAGGGCAUCCAGAACAUCAGCAUGCUGAAGGAACAGCUAGUGGGGGCCGGACACGAGCAAGCUGCCAGCAUCUCCAAGCGGCACGGCGACGUGACGGCGCGAUGGCAACGUCUGCUGCAGGCCUCGCUGGCCCGCAAGCAGCGCCUGCUGCAACUGCAGGACCAGUUCCGCCAGAUCGAGGAGCUGUACCUCACCUUCGCCAAGAAGGCAUCUGCGUUCAACUCGUGGUUCGAAAACGCAGAAGAAGACCUCACGGAUCCAGUUCGCUGCAACUCCAUCGAGGAGAUUCGCGCUCUCAAGGACGCGCACGCACAAUUCCAAGCGUCCCUAUCAUCAGCGCAAAGCGAUUUCGAAGCGUUGGCAGCCCUGGACGAGCAGAUCAAAUCAUUCAACGUGGGUGCCAACCCUUACACCUGGUUCACUAUGGAGGCGCUCGAGGAGACCUGGCGCAAUCUGCGCAAGAUCAUCGCCGAGCGUGAUGUUGAGCUCACCAAGGAGGCACAGCGACAAGAAGAAAACGACAAACUGCGCAAGGAGUUCGCCAAACACGCCAACGCAUUCCACCAGUGGCUCACCGAGACACGCACGUCGAUGAUGGAAGGCACGGGUUCGCUGGAACAGCAGCUGGCGACUUUACGAGCGCGUGCGGGCGAAGUGCGCGCCAGGAGGGCCGAUCUGAGGCGGCUGGAGGAACUCGGCGCGGCGCUGGAGGAGCACCUGAUCCUGGACAACCGGUACACGGAGCACAGCACCGUCGGCCUCGCGCAGCAGUGGGACCAGCUCGACCAGCUCUCCAUGCGAAUGCAGCACAACCUGGAGCAGCAGAUCCAGGCGCGCAACCACUCCGGUGUAAGCGAGGACGCGCUCAAGGAGUUCUCGAUGAUGUUCAAGCAUUUCGACAAGGACAGGUCGGGGCGCCUCAACCACCACGAGUUCAAGUCCUGCCUGCGCGCGCUGGGCUACGACCUGCCCAUGGUCGAGGAGGGACAGCCCGACCCGGAGUUCGAGGCCAUACUCAACGUGGUGGACCCGAACCGCGACGGGCAGGUGUCGCUGCAGGAGUACAUGGCUUUCAUGAUCAGCAAGGAGACGGAGAACGUGCACUCCUCCGAGGAGAUCGAGAACGCGUUCCGGGCCAUCACCGCGCACCAGGACCGCGCCUACGUCACCAAGGAUGAACUAUACGCGAAUCUUACAAAGGAGAUGGCGGACUACUGCGUGGCUCGCAUGAAGCCCUACCAGGACCCGAAGUCGGAGCGGCCCAUCCCCAACGCGCUCGACUACAUCGACUUUACGCGCACGCUGUUCCAGAACUAAUGUAACACCCGCUGCUGCCUCCAAAGCCGCGCACCUUCGUUCUAACGCAUUAAACUACACCACCAAACAAUGCGUCUUUUCAUUCGUGAUGUCAUUCCCUUACCUCACUCGAAACUGUUAAACACAAAAGCGGGAAUACUAAGACACUUGCUAUGUAUUCCAUUGGCUUGAUUUAUUUAAAGCAUGCCAUAAUUUUGAACUAGAUAUUAUCUCUCAUCCUUCGACAAUAUUCGUAAAGGGAGCGUUGGCACGAGGUGCGCGUGCAAAAAGCAUUUGCAAUUUUAUAUUUCACUUUAGCAUCUGCUUGCCAACUUUCCUCAUCAAUUCCAAAAUCUUAUAGACUGAAAUUAAAGCAUUUUUUCUUCAUUUCUGGAGUCCAAGCUGCGCGCACUGCAGUUUCGUAGUACUGGCGCCUUCGAUGGAGAAGCGUCGUCUACUGAUGUUCAUCGCUACUCGUGUAGUCGAUACUUAUUUACUACUAAGUAAAUGCGCAGGAGGGUCAGAAUUCCUUUUCUCUGAGUUAAGCAGAGAGAUAAGAAGCUCCCUUUAUUUUCAUGCUUUUUAUGCACUUUUAAAUUUGGACAAUACAAAUUCUAUUUGCAUUUCAUCACGUUUCGUGCUUGAUAAGAGUAAAAGUAUUUAUUGUAUGUUAACUUGUAAGUUACGCUAGAUAUAAAGUUCAAAUUCUUCAUAGCUUAAAUUUUUAUUUAUUUUUUGUAUUCUCAUAUAAUUUCAAUAAAG